AUGCCUAGUUUACUCACCGGCCCCGUCCAGCUCAGUGAGCAGCAACCCGUCGUGGAUGCUCCCCCAGCGACGUCGUUUUCCUCGCCGACCUCUGCCUCCGCUGAUAAGCCGGUGCAACAAGACGAACUGCACCGGAACGGCCCUGACGGCCCAGACGCGCCUCAAUCACCACAGCUGACUGGCCGGCACCGCGAGCGCGCCGCGGCCAAUGAGAACGGACCGAAGCUCGCCGACGUGUCUAGCGAUCUCUCCUGGUUGGGGCCCCUGAUUGACGGCGGCGUUAACGACUUCGUUUCGCCCUCCACCGUUUCCGCUCCCGCUGCGGACCCUGCGCCUGCGACUGCGCCUGCGCCCAAGCCUGAGCCUAAGCCUGAGCCCAACAACGUCAACAACAGCCCCAAAAUCUCUAACCAAACACCACCCCAGUCCACAAAUAACCACACCGCGUCCCGCCCACAGUCCACCGUCGACGUCACCUCAUCAUCCAACAACCACAUCCCAAUUCACCAGCCACGCAAACCAGCUCCCGGUCUCGCUGCGCGAUUAAAAGCCCUCGGCCUCGGAACCCCAAGGAAAACCUCGCAGUCAUCUGGCUUCAAGGAACGCGACAUUGGCCGCCUGCCUGAGGAGCAGCUCCGACAACUCGACGAGUAUCACAAAGAACGCUCCAGGCAACUCGCCAUAGAACGCAGGGGUCGCCCCUGGAAGGGCGUCGUCCGCAUCCCUUCCAAGGCGAGCCUGAGGUCGGCAAAAUCCAACAAGGACGCUGUCACCCCCGAGGACAUCGUUCCCGGGGACGCCAACGUCCCACUGAUCAAGAUCCUCGACAGCCCGGACGAGGACGACGACUCGGAGCUGCUCACGGAACUCGAGGCUGCCGAACCUCCAGCCAUGGAUACAAACAAGUUCCGUCUACCCGAUCACACCAACGGCAACGGCACCAAGGUUACUUUGGACACGAGAAGGGAACAUCUUGACCGCGAUACAAGACCGCUCCCGUCACCCGAAGACAGCCCGCCACCCGUGCCAGAAAAGGAUACGCCUCCCACCUCCUCACAACCGUUUAACCCUGAUGACUACUUCAAUCCGCUGGGGCUGCAGCGCCCUGGCUCCAUCUACACUAUUUCGCGCGCUUCGUUCGCGCACCAGCUUGCGCAGUUGACCUCGCUGCAGCUGCCGGACGCCGAGUCGCUUGCUGGUAAGGUAGCAGCGAUUCCUACGGCACAGGCGGCUGUGAAAGCGCUGAUAGGUGCCGCCGAACAAAUACGAAGUUGGAUCUAUAAGGCCUCCGAAGUCAUUGCGGGGCUCGAUAGCGAUGAUGACGUCGAGUGGUCCGCAGCCGGCGGCCGCGAGGGCUUGGAGGAGGUGGAGGAUGCAACAACACGGUUCGAGAAGCUGAUAAAUGUCUACGUGACCGCUAUCGAGGAGCUACAAGGUCGCAUGGACAUCGCACACGUUUCUACGGAUGAUCUUACUAGAGCGGUCACGCAGAUGGAGGCCAUCACAGAGGAAUGGACCAACAUACGUACGACGCUCCGUAGCGUUCGCGGCCAGGUCGAGAUCGCCAUGGAGUGGGAAGAGCUCUGGAAUGUGGUACUCGGUGAGAUCCAGACCGAGCUGGACGAGCUGAGUCGCCUGGUCUUCGAAAUGGAGGAACGCCGACACAAGUCAGCCAUGGCGAUUUCAAGUGGUGACGCGGUGGACAUUGGUGACUUGGCAACAAUCGCUGAAGAGACUCCACCGGCAGCAACCCGGGCAAAGGCUGCUGCUAACAAACGCUUCAGUUCGACAGGCUCGCCCGCAAGCCCUACGUCCCCUGGUGGACCCACAAUUUCCCAGGACGACUCCGGUCUUCUCGCGCUGUUUGCCAGGAUGCAGCCGCUAAGGGCAUCGCUAGACUUCCUGCCAAUGCGUUUGUCUGUCUUCGAGGCCCGAGCCGAGAAGUCCUUUCCGAGCGCAUGCGAUGAGCUGGAAAUGCGACGGGAAGAUCUCGACGCCAGCUACAGGAAACUGGAGAAGGAUGCUGAGGGACUGCGCAAGGAGCUUGGAGAAGACAGAUGGGUACUCGUAUUCCGUGGUGCAGCCCGGCAGGCCCAGAAGAUGAUGGAAUCCGUGGAGCGCAGUGUGGCCAGGCUCAGAGAGGCAGUCGACGCACGUAUGCACUUGACGAAUCAGCCCGCCCUGCUAAAGAAGAUUGAGAGCUUUGACGCCAAGAAAACGCACUACGGACCAGCAAUCGACCGCGUCUUGUUCAUUAUUGACAGGGGGGUGAAAGACCGGCUUACGGUCAAUGGCGAGAUCUUGAGGCUGCACGGCGAGAUGCAGGCGAAGUGGGCAGAUCUGAAGAACCAGAUGAAGGAGAUGGACCUCACGCUGGACGAUCUACACGCCGACAAGAGGGGAAACCACCUGCGCGACUCCAUAUCAAGCAUGCUGUCGAACGACGUAGCAUCUACCGUCGGAAGUGGAAUCGAGACUCCCCAAAGCUCUCCACCUUCUUCAGUUAUCAUGUCUGGGCUGGGAAUAGAUACGAGGACACCAGGAAAGUCCAGUGCUACUCGUACACGUCGGUCGUCGAGCAGUGUGAGUGGGCACCUCUUGCAGCCCGGACGACGCUCUGUAUCGGCAACAAACACGCCCAGCAUUCCUCGGAAGCCAGUCUCGAGGCUGUCAACCGUCAGCGGUCUCUCGACACCGAAACGUGAAGGGGCAGCCACCCCUACUACAAACCGGCAUGCGGCCAGCAUACCGAGGCCAGCCACAACGAUGGCCCAACGACCGAAGUGGAAUGCCUACGCCAACGCCAGCAAUGUCGAUACUGGUCACAACUUCAAGCCUCUCACUCUCACCACCCCAAGCCCAUAUGCAAAGACAACACCUAACCCCGUGCGCUCGCACUCAUCCUUAGCUGCUCCUAUUGGGUCCAAGCUCCCUACCAUGCGCAGCCCCUUACGAGCUGAGCCCUCAUCUCCGAGUCAAGACCUCACACCAUCCAAGCCUGCCAGCAAGAUGUCUUUUAGAGACCGCCUGGCUGCACCCGGUCCAUACUCCCAGCAGACGACCUCCAAGUUCCGACCCGAGGGCCCGUCGACUCGUCGCGCAACAUUACAGCCGCCGCCAACCAAUGUUCCCGGGCUGUACCAACGCCCGGCAAGCUCUCUCGCCACUACAAAUCGGCGGACCAGUCUGCUGCCACAGCCUAGGUUCAGGAAGGAAGAGAGUGCGCCUGGUCGGGAAAGCCCCAUGCCGUCCACAUUCGGGUCGAGGCUCGGGCUCAGGAGGGGGAAUAGUACUACCUCGAAUGAUAAGGAUAAGGACAAGGACAAUAAGCCCCGCUGGCGACACUAG